AUGUCUGAUAAAAUGUCUAGCUUCCUCUACAUCGGGGACAUCGUGUCCCUGUACGCGGAGGGCUCGGUGAACGGCUUCAUCAGCACGCUGGGGUUAGUGGAUGACAGGUGUGUGGUGCAUCCGGAGGCAGGGGACCUCGCCAAUCCUCCCAAGAAGUUCAGAGACUGCCUCUUUAAGGUGUGUCCUAUGAACCGAUAUUCUGCCCAGAAACAAUAUUGGAAAGCUAAGCAAGCCAAACAAGGGAACCACACUGAGGCAGCCUUGCUGAAGAAAUUACAGCAUGCUGCAGAAUUGGAGCAAAAACAAAAUGAAUCAGAAAAUAAGAAGCUGUUGGGAGAAAUCGUGAAGUACAGUAACGUUAUCCAACUACUGCACAUAAAGAGCAACAAGUACCUGACUGUCAACAAGAGGUUACCUGCUCUGCUGGAGAAGAACGCCAUGCGCGUAUCUUUGGACGCUGCAGGAAAUGAAGGGUCUUGGUUUUACAUUCACCCCUUCUGGAAGCUGAGAAGCGAGGGUGACAAUAUUGUUGUUGGCGAUAAAGUUGUUCUGAUGCCUGUGAACGCAGGACAGCCACUGCAUGCGAGCAACAUAGAGCUUCUCGAUAACCCAGGGUGCAAAGAGGUGAAUGCUGUUAAUUGCAACACCAGCUGGAAAAUCACUUUAUUUAUGAAAUAUAGUUCCUAUCGAGAGGAUGUGCUGAAAGGUGGUGACGUCGUUAGAUUGUUUCAUGCAGAACAAGAGAAAUUUCUGACCUGUGAUGAAUAUGAGAAAAAACAGCACAUUUUUCUUCGUACAACCUUGCGUCAAUCAGCCACUUCUGCUACUAGUUCUAAAGCGCUCUGGGAAAUAGAGGUGGUUCAUCACGACCCAUGCCGUGGGGGUGCGGGGCAGUGGAACAGCUUGUUCAGAUUCAAACACCUUGCAACUGGGAACUACUUGGCGGCAGAGCUUAAUCCCGAUUAUCGAGAUGCCCAAAAUGAAGGAAAAAAUGUGAGAGAUGGAGAUCUUCCAACUUCAAAGAAGAAGCGCCAGGCUGGGGAGAAGAUCAUGUACACCUUGGUCUCAGUCCCACAUGGGAAUGACAUUGCGUCCCUCUUUGAACUGGAUGCCACCACUCUUCAGAGAGCUGACUGCCUGGUUCCUAGGAACUCCUACGUUCGGUUAAGACAUUUAUGUACCAACACAUGGGUAACCAGCACUAGUAUCCCUAUAGACACAGAGGAAGAGAGGCCUGUUAUGCUGAAGAUUGGAACUUGCCAAACAAAAGAAGAUAAAGAAGCAUUCGCCAUUGUGUCUGUCCCGCUGUCUGAGGUGCGAGACUUAGAUUUUGCCAAUGAUGCAAAUAAAGUGCUGGCGACCACGGUUAAAAAGCUGGAAAAUGGCACAAUAACUCAGAAUGAAAGGAGGUUUGUAACCAAAUUAUUGGAAGACCUUAUCUUCUUUGUUGCUGAUGUACUUAACAAUGGGCAAGAAGUUCUGGAUGUGGUUAUCACCAAGCCAAACCGAGAACGUCAAAAAUUAAUGAGGGAACAAAACAUAUUGGCACAGGUAUUUGGGAUUCUUAAAGCACCCUUUAAGGAGAAGGCAGGCGAAGGCCCAAUGCUGAGGCUCGAAGAUCUGGGGGACCAAAGAUACGCUCCCUACAAGUACAUGCUGAGGCUCUGCUACCGUGUGCUGAGGCAUUCGCAGCAGGACUACCGGAAAAACCAGGAAUAUAUUGCUAAGAAUUUCUGUGUCAUGCAGUCCCAGAUUGGCUAUGAUAUUUUGGCAGAAGAUACCAUCACAGCUUUGUUGCACAACAACAGAAAACUACUAGAGAAACAUAUCACAGCAAAAGAAAUAGAAACAUUUGUCAGUUUACUCAGGAGAAAUCGUGAGCCAAGAUUUUUGGAUUAUUUAUCUGAUCUGUGUGUGUCCAAUACCACUGCUAUACCUGUAACUCAAGAACUCAUCUGCAAAUUUAUGUUGAGCCCAGGCAAUGCAGACAUUCUCAUUCAAACCAAGCUGGUCUCAAUGCAAAUGGACAACCCAUUGGAGAGCUCCAUUCUUUCAGAUGACAUUGACGAUGAAGAAGUUUGGCUCUACUGGAUUGACAGCAACAAGGAACCUCAUGGCAAAGCUAUCAGGCACCUUGCUCAGGAAGCCAAAGAAGGCACCAAAGCUGACUUAGAAGUUCUUACCUAUUACCGGUACCAGCUAAACCUCUUUGCAAGGAUGUGCUUGGAUCGCCAGUAUCUGGCCAUCAACCAGAUUUCGACACAGCUCUCUGUGGAUUUGAUCCUGCGGUGCAUGUCGGAUGAGAGCCUGCCAUUUGACCUCCGAGCAUCUUUCUGUCGCCUCAUGCUCCACAUGCAUGUCGACCGGGACCCCCAGGAGUCCGUGGUGCCUGUGCGCUAUGCCAGGCUCUGGACAGAAAUCCCCACCAAGAUCACCAUUCAUGAAUAUGACUCUAUAACUGACUGUUCCAGAAAUGAUAUGAAGAGGAAAUUUGCACUGACAAUGGAAUUUGUUGAAGAAUACUUGAAAGAAGUUGUAAAUCAGCCCUUCCCUUUUGGAGAUAAAGAAAAAAACAAACUGACAUUUGAGGUGGUCCACUUGGCUCGGAAUCUGAUUUACUUUGGAUUUUAUAGUUUCAGUGAAUUAUUAAGGCUCACAAGAACACUUCUGGCUAUCCUAGACAUUGUACAAGUCCCCAUGUCAUCGUAUUUUGAAAGAUUAAGCAAAUUUCAAGAUGGAGGAAACAAUGUCAUGAGAACCAUCCAUGGGGUGGGAGAGAUGAUGACCCAGAUGGUGCUCAGUAGAGGCUCAAUCUUCCCCAUGAAUGUGCCUGAUGUUCAGCCGAGUAUCCACCCCAACAAGCAAGGGAGUGCUGCCGAACAGGAAGACGUGACCGUGAUGGACACUAAGUUGAAGAUUAUUGAGAUUUUGCAGUUUAUCCUGAGUGUCCGACUGGAUUACAGGAUCUCCUACAUGCUCUCGAUAUAUAAGAAGGAGUUCGGAGAGAGCAGUGAGGACGCUGAAACCUCUGCCAAUGGCUCUCCAGAUACAUUGAUCCCAGCAGCUAUUGUUCCUGAUAUAGACGAAAUUGCAGCUCAGGCAGAAACUAUGUUUGCUGGAAGAAAGGAAAAAAAUCCAGUUCAACUUGAUGACGAAGGCGGCAGGACCUUUUUGCGGGUCCUCAUUCAUCUGAUCAUGCAUGACUACCCUCCUCUGCUGUCAGGAGCUCUGCAGCUUCUGUUCAAGCACUUCAGCCAGAGAGCGGAGGUUCUACAGGCAUUUAAACAGGUGCAAUUGCUGGUGUCCAAUCAAGAUGUAGAUAACUACAAGCAAAUAAAGGCAGAUCUCGACCAGCUUCGAUUAACUGUAGAAAAAUCCGAGUUAUGGGUUGAGAAGAGCAGCAGCUACGAAAAUGGAGAAAUGGGUGAAAACCAAGUGAAAGGUGGUGAAGAGCCAAAUGAGGAAUCAAAUAUUUUAAGUCCAGUUCAGGACGGAACAAGGACACCUCAGAUUGACAGCAAUAAGAGCAAUAACUACCGGAUUGUGAAAGAGAUUUUGAUUAGGCUAAGUAAACUCUGCAUACAGAACAAAAAGUGUCGGAAUCAGCAUCAACGGCUACUGAAAAACAUGGGAGCUCAUUCGGUGGUGCUGGACCUUCUGCAGAUACCCUAUGAAAAGAGUGAUGAAAAGAUGAACGAAAUAAUGAACCUAGCCCAUACAUUCCUGCAGAAUUUCUGUCGGGGAAAUCCACAGAAUCAAGUUCUUCUUCAUAAACAUCUGAAUUUGUUCCUAACACCUGGUCUCCUUGAAGCAGAGACCAUGCGGCACAUCUUCAUGAACAAUUACCAUCUGUGCAAUGAAAUCAGCGAGAGAGCAGUGCAGCAUUUUGUGCACUGCAUAGAGACACAUGGCCGCCACGUGGAGUACCUGAGGUUUUUGCAAACGAUUGUAAAGGCAGAUGGUAAAUAUGUGAAGAAAUGCCAGGAUAUGGUCAUGACAGAGUUGAUAAAUGGGGGUGAAGAUGUGCUGAUAUUUUACAAUGAUAGAGCAUCAUUUCCCAUCCUUCUCCAUAUGAUGUGUUCAGAGAGAGACCGAGGGGAUGAGAGUGGCCCCUUGGCCUACCACAUCACCCUGGUGGAGUUGCUGGCAGCUUGUACAGAGGGGAAAAAUGUCUACACAGAAAUCAAGUGCAAUUCCCUUCUGCCCCUGGACGACAUAGUGCGGGUGGUGACCCAUGAUGACUGCAUCCCUGAGGUUAAAAUUGCAUAUGUGAAUUUCGUUAAUCACUGUUACGUUGACACUGAAGUGGAAAUGAAAGAGAUUUACACAAGUAACCACAUUUGGAAAUUAUUUGAGAAUUUCUUGGUGGAUAUGGCAAGGGUUUGCAACACAACCACAGACAGGAAACACGCAGACACCUCCCUGGAGAAGUGUGUGACGGAGUCCAUCAUGAGCAUCGUGAGCGGCUUCUUCAAUUCUCCUUUCUCAGACAACAGCACCAGCCUCCAGACACACCAGCCAGUUUUCAUUCAGCUGCUGCAAUCUGCCUUCAGAAUUUACAAUUGCACCUGGCCAAACCCAGCCCAGAAGGCCUCUGUGGAGUCCUGUAUCAGAACUUUGGCAGAAGUGGCAAAGAAUCGUGGAAUUGCUAUUCCAGUGGAUCUGGAUAGUCAAGUUAAUACUCUUUUCAUGAAGAACCAUUCAAAUAUGGUGCAGAGAGCAGCCAUGGGCUGGAGACUGUCAGCUCGCUCCGGACCCCGCUUUAAGGAAGCUCUUGGAGGACCUGCUUGGGACUAUAGAAAUAUUAUUGAAAAGUUACAGGAUGUCGUGGCCUCCUUGGAGCAACAGUUCAGCCCAAUGAUGCAGGCGGAAUUCUCAGUGCUGGUGGAUGUUUUGUACAGUCCGGAGCUGCUGUUCCCCGAGGGGAGUGAUGCAAGGAUCCGAUGCGGUGCUUUCAUGUCCAAGUUGAUCAAUCAUACAAAGAAACUAAUGGAGAAAGAAGAAAAACUGUGCAUUAAAAUUCUCCAGACUUUACGAGAAAUGCUGGAGAAGAAAGACAUCUUUGUGGAAGAGGGUAACACAUUAAGGAAAAUACUCCUGAAUCGAUACUUUAAAGGUGAUUAUGGAGUUGGUAUAAAUGGACCCCUUUCUGGAACCUAUGGCAAAUCUGCACCAGGGGGAGGAAGCUUUUCUGGGCAGGACGCAGAUAAGAUGGGGAUAUCAAUGUCAGAUAUUCAGUGUCUGCUGGACAAAGAAGGUGCAUCUGAACUUGUCAUCGAUGUUAUAGUGAAUACCAAAAAUGACAGAAUUUUUUCCGAAGGCAUUUUACUUGGCAUUGCCUUGCUCGAAGGAGGAAAUACACAAACUCAGUAUUCGUUCUACCAGCAGUUGCAUGAGCAAAAAAGGUCAGAAAAAUUCUUCAAAGUUCUAUAUGACCGAAUGAAGGCUGCUCAGAAAGAAAUAAGAUCAACUGUUACAGUGAAUACCAUAGACUUAGGUAACAAAAAAAGGGAUGAUGACAAUGAAUUGAUGACAUCUAGUCCACGAAUAAGAGUAAGAGAUUCAUCACUACAUUUAAAAGAGGGAAUGAAAGGGCAAUUAACAGAAGCUUCUUCAGCAACAUCCAAAGCAUACUGUGUAUACAGAAGAGAAAUGGAUCCGGAAAUAGACAUUAUGUGCACGGGAUCAGAAGGGGGCAACGCGGAGGACAAGUCUGCAGAGGAAGUGACGAUGAGCCCUGCAAUUGCCAUCAUGCAGCCGAUCCUGAGAUUUCUUCAGUUACUAUGUGAGAAUCACAACCGGGAACUGCAGAACUUCUUGAGGAAUCAAAACAACAAAACAAAUUACAACCUUGUCUGUGAGACCCUUCAAUUUCUGGACUGCAUUUGCGGAAGUACCACGGGUGGCCUGGGCCUGCUGGGUCUCUACAUCAAUGAGAAGAAUGUAGUGCUGGUCAACCAGACUCUGGAAAGUUUGACUGAGUACUGCCAGGGCCCAUGCCAUGAAAAUCAGUCAUGUAUUGCUACUCAUGAAUCUAAUGGAAUUGAUAUUAUCAUUGCUCUGAUCCUAAAUGACAUAAACCCUCUUGGUAAAUAUCGAAUGGACUUGGUGCUUCAACUAAAGAACAACGCCUCCAAGCUUUUGCUGGCCAUUAUGGAAAGCAGACAUGACAGUGAGAAUGCAGAAAGAAUUCUUUUUAACAUGAGACCCAGGGAACUGGUGGAUGUGAUGAAGAAUGCCUAUAACCAAGGAUUGGAAUGCGAUCAUGGAGAUGAUGAGGGUGGAGAUGAUGGUGUUUCCCCAAAAGAUGUUGGACACAAUAUUUAUAUUCUGGCCCAUCAGUUGGCCCGUCACAACAAAUUAUUACAGCAGAUGCUCAAACCAGGAUCAGAUCCAGAUGAUGGAGAUGAAGCCUUAAAGUAUUAUGCCAACCACACGGCACAGAUUGAGAUUGUCCGGCACGACAGGACCAUGGAGCAGAUAGUCUUUCCUGUCCCCAACAUAUGUGAAUACCUGACGCGGGAGUCCAAGUGCCGGGUGUUCACGAUGACUGAAAGGGACGAGCAAGGCAGCAAAGUGAACGACUUCUUCCAGCAGACAGAGGACCUCUACAAUGAGAUGAAGUGGCAGAAGAAAAUCAGGAAUAACCCUGCUCUGUUCUGGUUCUCGAGACACAUAUCUCUCUGGGGGAGCAUCUCCUUCAACUUGGCCGUGUUCAUCAAUUUAGCUGUUGCUCUCUUCUACCCAUUUGGGGACGAUGGAGAUGAAGGUACACUCUCUCCGUUGUUCUCAGUUCUUCUAUGGAUAGCAGUUGCAAUCUGCACAUCCAUGCUGUUUUUCUUCUCCAAGCCUGUGGGUAUCCGGCCAUUUCUUGUGUCUGUAAUGCUCAGAUCAAUAUAUACAAUAGGUCUUGGGCCCACAUUAAUACUUCUUGGCGCAGCUAAUCUUUGUAAUAAAAUAGUAUUUCUGGUGAGUUUUGUUGGAAACCGUGGCACGUUUACCCGAGGGUACCGAGCUGUCAUCCUGGACAUGGCCUUUCUCUACCAUGUGGCGUAUGUCCUGGUUUGCAUGCUGGGCCUCUUUGUCCACGAAUUCUUCUAUAGCUUCCUGCUUUUUGACUUGGUGUACAGAGAAGAGACUCUGCUCAAUGUCAUAAAAAGUGUCACCCGGAAUGGCCGCUCCAUUAUUCUAACGGCAGUCCUCGCUCUCAUCCUGGUCUACCUGUUUUCCAUUAUUGGGUUUCUUUUUCUGAAGGAUGACUUCACUAUGGAAGUGGAUAGGCUGAAAAACAGAACUCCCAUUACAGGAAGUAACGACGUUCCUACUAUGACUUUAGCUUCCAUGAUGGAAACAUGUAACAAGGAAAACUGUUCACCCACGAUACCAGCUUCAAACACAGGUGAUGAAGAGUAUGAAGACGGAAUUGAAAGGACGUGUGAUACUCUCCUGAUGUGCAUUGUCACUGUCCUGAACCAGGGCCUCAGGAACGGUGGUGGCGUGGGUGAUGUGCUGAGAAGGCCAUCGAAAGAUGAGCCCUUAUUUGCUGCCCGAGUGGUAUAUGACCUUCUUUUCUAUUUCAUUGUCAUCAUUAUUGUCCUUAACUUGAUUUUUGGUGUCAUCAUUGAUACUUUUGCUGAUCUCAGAAGUGAGAAACAGAAAAAAGAAGAAAUUCUAAAAACAACCUGCUUCAUCUGUGGACUCGAGAGGGACAAGUUUGACAAUAAAACUGUGUCAUUUGAGGAGCACAUCAAGUCAGAACACAACAUGUGGCAUUAUUUGUAUUUCCUCGUCUUGGUGAAGGUUAAAGACCCAACUGAAUACACUGGACCUGAAAGUUACGUGGCUCAAAUGAUUGUGGAGAAGAACUUGGACUGGUUUCCUCGGAUGCGAGCCAUGUCUCUUGUUAGCAACGAAGGUGACAGUGAGCAAAAUGAGAUUCGGAACCUGCAGGAGAAGUUGGAAUCGACCAUGAGUCUGGUCAAACAGCUGUCGGGUCAGCUGGCGGAGCUCAAGGAGCAGAUGACAGAACAAAGGAAGAAUAAGCAGAGACUGGGCUUUCUCGGAUCAAACACACCCCAUGUGAAUCAUCACAUGCCGCCACACUGA